AUGAAGCUUGCUGCCGUUCUCUGUCUCCUUGGUGCAUCCAUAGCGAUUGCUACUCCCCAUGACGACGCUCGGAUCAAGGUCUCUGCACAUUCUCGUCGUGAUGCUGUUCUCGACACCCCGAUGAACGUUGGGGAUUCUCAUCCCCCUCCCCAGUUCGAUCCCCAGCCUCACGUUGAUGGGUCCAGGCCGCGAAUCGGGGUGACUGAAGCGUCCGAGGGUGGCGUUCAUCCUCGCAACGCCGAUCCCGAACCGGAAUUUGAAGAGACCAGGCCUAGGAUUACACGCUCCGAUUGGCCUCCUCCUAUUUGA